UCCACCUAGACUUAGAAAUACACUAAUUUCACCUGCUUCAUCCUGAGAAAUGAUGACAUAUUUCAAGAUAUUUCUCCUUCAUUGUGCAGUCCUUUGUUAUAUUGGACAAAUCAAUGGAUAUAAUAUUAACCUUAAGAUAGCACGCGAUGAUAUUGAAAAACUGAGAAAAUAUUUGCAACAGAAUUUAAAAGACACAAAUGACACUGAAGACACUGACAUUUUUUCAAAGCUGCUGGAUGACUGGAAGGAGGAAGGCGAAAAGAAACUGUUAUUGAGCCAGAUUGUUCCUAUGUACCUGAAGAUGCUUGACUCCAUGAAAGCGUCAGAAGUAAAUGACAGUAUUACUAAUUUGACACAAAUGCUUUACACAUCAAAUAAAGAUUAUUUGGAGAAAACUGACCAAAAAAUGAAAAGACUGAAUGAACUGAAAAAAUUGCAGAUGUCAGACAUAAAAAUUCAACGUGCAGCCAUCAAAGAAUUAUUGCGUGUUCUCCGAGAUGUUUCUACUCUUCAAGGUGAACAAAAACCAGGCUCAAAUAAAUGCAAAAGAGAAAACAUACGAAGAAGAAGAGGAUGUUAGUCGACGAGUUUCUAAUAAACAGUACUACCAUAAAGAUUGCUAGCUACGAUAAAUGAACAAACAAAUAUAUUUAUAAUAUUUAUCUACUUUUAAUUAUAUUUUGUAUUCAGAAAAAAAAUUAUUUAUUUAUUUUUAUUUAUUUGGUGCUAACUGACAAUAAACUGUU